AUGCGUGAACGAUAUCAUGAUGAUAUGGCUAUCGUUUCUAAGUUUGGUAAGCCUGAUUUAUUUAUAACUUUUACAUGCAAUCCCAAUUGGAGGGAAAUUAAAGAAAAUCUUUAUAAAGGACAGAACCCUUCGGAUAGACCUGAUUUAUUAGCUAGAGUUUUUCAUUUAAAAUUAUCUGAAUUAUUACACUAUAUUAUUAAAAAAGAUUUCUUUGGCAAAUGUUCGGCGUAUGUUUAUACCAUAGAAUUUCAAAAGAGAGGAUUACCUCAUACUCAUCUGCUCAUUAUAUUAAGCGAAAAUAAUAAAAUUGAAUCAACCGAGUGUAUAGAUAAUUUUGUUCUAGCUGAAAUCCCAGAUAAAAAUAUCGAACCCCGAUUAUAUAAUAUUUUAACUCGCUUUAUGAUACAUGGACCAUGUGGUAUUUUGAAUCCUCACUCACCAUGCAUGGAAAAUGGUUCGUGUACAAAAAAAUUUCCGAAAGAUUUUCAAAAAGAAUCUCAACACAAUGCGAAUGGAUAUCCAUUUUAUCAACGUAGAGAUAAGGGUUUUAUUCAUGUCGGAGGAUACGACUGCGCUAAUAUAGAUCUUAAAACUAAUUCGCUUCAAUCUCAUGAUGAAAUUAGAAUGCAUAUAAAUGCCCGAUAUGUAAGUGCAUGUGAAGCCAUGUGGAGAUUAUUAGAAAAUCGUAUGCAUGAUCGAUCUCACGGUAUAAAUCGAUUAGCAAUACACUUGCCAUUUCAUCAACCGGUAUAUUUUAUAGAAGGACAAGAACGUCAGGCAUUAGAGAAAUCUGCCAGCAAAAAUACUACAUUAACUGCCUGGUUUGAAUUAAAUAAAAAUGAUGUUAAUGCCCAUCAAUAUUUAUAUGUCACUAUACCAUAUCAUUAUACUUUCAGCGCUAAUAAGUGGAAACUUAGACAAAGACAAAACAAUAUAAUUUCAAGGAUGUAUACUGUUGAUCCUAAAUCCGGAGAGAGAUUUUUCCUACGUUUACUAUUACUUCAUGUUGUUGGCGCCACAAGUUUUGAAUAUUUGAGAACUGUAAAUGGAGUUUUAUAUAAUACUUUUAAAGAGGUGGCUUUUAAAAGAAAUUUAUUGGUUGAUGACAAGGAAUGGGAAGCAUUUAUGGAAGAAGCGUCAACAUUUUUAAUGCCCAUACAGUUGCGUCAAUCUUUUGCCUUUAUUUGUAUUUUUUGUCAGCCAGAAAAUCCAAAUAACCUCUGGGAAAAAUUUAAAAAAUAUUUGAUAGAAGAUUUCGCACAUACCCAUACAGAUUCUAUUGCAAUUAAUAUGGCCUUAUCAGAUAUAGAAAAGUAUUGCACGACCAUGGUUUUCGUAGUAGUAAUUUCAAUUUGCCUGUUCCUACUUUAA